CUCACAUCCCGCAACUGCUGCUCGUAAAACAAGGUUAAUUUACUUAACUAUCGAUAUUAUCAGCAACGAAUAUAAUAAAAUGCAGCGGCGAUAGUAAAGUGCUAACGACUCGAGUUUAAACAUCGUUGAAAAUUUCACAACAAGGCAUCCAAUCAAAACUGUAGAGCUGUCGUCACAAAAAAAUAACCGUGAGGAGAAAGCCUAAAUUUUGUGCAUGGACCGUCCAAUUUUUUCUGCUGCCGCCUCAUCUUGAUACUUUGUCUCACUUGCGGACUCAAAGGGGGUGAAAAAUGAUCAACUGGUCAGAUUACGGGAAGGACAUCCUUCUGCUCACGAUUGACACGGUUGUGGUCGCUUGUGCCUGGAAGUGGUACCACAACAGCAGCAGAGCCUCAGAUGCUUUAGAUCUUAAACGUCCACUGAUUGUGGAUCACCAUGGGUUGGAAAACUGGCUCGAAAGUGCCGAGUCUGCGAGAAAGUGGGCCGUGGUGCAAGGCUAUGUGGAGCCAAUCGGGCCGGUGAUACAAAGUUUCAAUGACAAAUCGGUCAGAGGCGUCAUCCAAAGACUCAAAGUGAAGGAGUACGUCACGUCGCGCAGCACCGCUGGCUUCUGGCAAGACGGCGAAAAAUUGAUCGCGGAUACUUCCAAUGUGGUGCCUUUCGGAGUGCGCAUCGGCAGGAGUCUGGUCGAGAUGGAGGAGCCCACCCAAGCGGCGGUCCUCGGGCUCAGGACGGUGGCCUCCAAGUUCAGUCAAAAGGCUUCAGGCGUGCUGGACCAGAUUUGGAGCUUCAUCGUCGGCACCAGGCACCGUGGAAUUAGGAACACUGAGGAGAUGCUCCUCGUUGGCGCUAGGGUAUCUGCGUGUGGACCAAUCACUAAAGACAAGACUUUGAGUCCUGUCAAUGGCGCUUCAAUGCAUCCUUACAUCCUGUCUGAGCUCACUGUGUCAGAGCUGAGGAAAAAAAUGAGGUCUGACAAACGCAUGUCACUGCUGCUCCUCACGGUCGCCAGCAUCACAGGAGUUUUGAUUAUUGGCUACAGCCUUCGCAAAGCGAUUGAAAAUUACAGAGCAAAGGCUGAUGAAGAUGAGCGUCGCAGGAGACGUUUCCACGCUCGGCGUCAAGACCAGGCCACCGAGACUAAAGAAUCGCAGUCAGAACAGUCGCCGUGCAUUAUCUGUGAUAACCCGCGAGAGGUUAUUCUGCUGCCGUGCGGCCACAUCUGCCUCUGCUUUGACUGCAGCCGAAAUAUAAAAAAUAUUUGCCCAAUUUGCCGAACUCACGUGGAGACAAUCAACGAGUACUUCAUCUCGUAACUAGAGUGUUCCUGCUAGCACGAACAAGGAACACCUCGGUCACCUAAACUCUCUCAAAUUCAAUCAAAGUCCUAUUAUUUUAGCACCCGAAAAUUGUUUCUUUUUAUAUUAAUUGUUUCUUCGAUAGUUUGUGAAAUUUGAUAAGGUCCAUGUUGAGCAUUUUAAACAAAAUGGUCCUGAAGAGUGCUGACUCUGGCCUAACCAGAAUAUGACUACACAGUAUUUUUGAUACUGUGCACCAGCAAAUUCUUGGAAGUUCAAUGUUGAUAGUGCAAAGGCUGUAUGAAAAAUUAUUAUUGUUAAUUUAACAUUUCAAAUUUUAAGUAUUAGGAGUUGUUCAUUUCAAAGUGUAAGGUACAUUGCAAAAAGAAACGCAUUUGUUUGCAACAAUUUCUUGUUUUAUUUUAUUUAACAAAAAGCCAAGAAAAGUGUUGAAUACACCCACUGAAAAAAGGGGUGGAGUCUGAGGGAGUCAGACCGGCCGUUUCCUAAGCAGGCCCCUGGUGGGCGACAGGGCUCGGGGUGGGAGCUGUGUCGGCGUCAGCUGCUUCGACAGUGAGGGACUCACGGCCGCGCGUCCGCCUGUAUACAAAGUGCGAGCGCGGAAAUGAGUCGGUCGUUGGGCGGGAAAUAAGUUAAGAGAUGAGAUUGGCGGCGUCGGGGCGUGAUUAGGAAACAGCGGGUGCGAGCCCACGGUCGGUUUAUGUUGACAUUUUCAGAAGCAAAUAUCCGUCUAAUAAAAAGCUUUUUUAUCAUAAGCUAC